AAGAAGACGAUUUUUACCGGAAGUAGCUGAAGCGGGAAAUUAAAAACACAAUAAAAUUUGGGGGUGUGGGACUUUAUUUCACACUAACAGUAGCAAAAAUGCACAUCAAGGCGACGAAUCUAAAAUAUACAAUUAAAUCGAAAGCGAAAAGUAACAUAAACAUGCGAGCGACAUCGGAAGCAAUGGCUGAACUGCUGACGCUGCUCUUCCUGAGCAGUCUGGCUGAGGAGUCGAAGACAAAAGCUUUUGAAGAAAGGUCUGCAACGAUCAGAGCCCAACAUGUCCGAGCAGUUUCCAAGAGAGUGCUGAAAAAAGCAAGAGGAUGAAGACAGUUGUAUCAUUGCAUUGAAGAUAUUCCUGCUUUUUAUGUGUGUUUUUAAUGUGUUUUAUUUCAAAUCCCUUUCUUGGCCUGUAUUAGUCGUUGCUCUGUUUUCCUACCAUUGUAUUGUUCUGUAUUAAAUUCUUAAACCUAAAAUAGA